AUGACCCUCCCCUUCCCCUUCCCCCGAGAACACAACUGGCCCCCCUUCUUCACCCCGCAACCAAACACAACAACCCGCCAGGACCAGCUGAGGAAAUGGUCCGAUCUAAUCCAGUCCUGGUGCCGACACCACCGCCAAUACCGCCUCUCCCUAAUAGAAGCAGUCGAAUCCCCACUCUUCCAUAACGCAACUCUGCGCAAGCGUCUCGAUAUCCGCGAAGCCCGCGCUGUCGUGGACUGGAUGACUAAGAGCGAGGAAGAAGGCGGUGGUGGCAGGCGCGCGGAGUGGAUUCCUGAUGCGGGCGGUGGUUCUUCUUCCGGGGUUAUGGGGAGUGCUCAGGGCCAGGGACCCCGGACUGUAGCGUGGAUCUGGUGGAAGAGGCCUGAGGAGUGGGCUGAUUUGUUGGUUGAGUGGGUUGAGGGGACUGGGCAGCGAGGGUCGGUUUUGACGGUUUAUGAGUUGAUUCAGGGUGAGGGGACGAUGUCGCAGGAGUUCCAUGGCAUGGAUACCGAUGUCAUGCUGCGCUCGCUGAGUGUUCUUGUUAAGCGGGGCAAGGCGCAGAUCUUUGGUGGUGAGGGUCAGGAGGGUGUCAAGUUCUUUUGA